CAGGUGGUUCGCCAAAGAUGGCAGCUGCCGCGCGGCCGGGACCGGAGGAGUUGGCGCUGCUGGAGAGGCUACUGGGCCUGCCGAAAGGGAACAAGUACGGCGUCCAGGGGGAACGGAAGGUUCCUGUUCUUCAGACAAACAAUGGUCCUGGUCUGACAGGGUUAAUGACCAUAGCUGCUCACCUAGUUAAACAGGCUAAGAAAGACCAACUCCUUGGAAGCACUGCAGAGGAGAAAGCUGUUGUUCAGCAGUGGUUGGAAUAUAGAGUGACUCGAGUAGAUGGAGGCUCUAGUAAAGAAGAUACAAGAAUCAUUCUGAAGGAUCUUAAUGUACAUCUUGAAGACAAAGUCUACCUUGCAGGAAACAUUUUUACCUUAGCAGACAUUUUGAUGUACUAUGGACUGCAUCGUGUCAUGGUGGAGCUGACAGUGCAAGAAAAGGAGAAAUACCUUAAUGUCUCUCGUUGGUUCAACCACAUUCAACAUUAUCCAGGUGUCCGACAACAUCUGUCUAAUGUUGUCUUCAUUAAGAACAGAUUAUACACUAAUGCUCAUUAAGGAAAAACGUAAUGCUAUGUUGAGAAGGUGUUUGGGAGUUUAGAAGUUACCUUGUCCAAAACCACUGAACUGCAAGUACUGGUUUGUAACCCUCUGUGUGUGAACCAAAACUGGUGAUGCCUCAAAUAAUACAGUUGCAUUGAGUUGCUGUUGUGCGUUCCAGAACCUGCCCUGGUUAAAGGGUUGUAUCAUGUAUCUAAUUAAAUGCAACAAUGGUAGAAAGAUGGAAAUUGAGUUUUAAUUCAGUCUUUUUUAACAAUGAAAAAGCUCUCAAUAUAAAAGUGUAAUUACAUGGGCUUCAUAGGAAAGAAGAAAUUUUCCUUCAAUUAUUCACUUCUUUUGCUAUUUAUUGCAUUUUUCCAUAUGUCCUGCUCCCUCUCAUUUUAUUUUUCCAUGGAUGUUUACACUAGUUUUGUAAGAGUUCAGAGCUAUAUUGUGUGCCAAGGAUGUAACAAAGGGAACAUGCAAAUGUUACAAAGUAUUUAUGUGACUGAAUAAAUUAUUUUAAAC